UAGUUUCAUAUAAUACUAGAUGCCCCAAAUAUAGCUUUUAUGAAGACGUGUAUCUAAAUCAUUAUCAUAUAAAGGAGCUCAAUAAUAAAAUAGCUCGCAAAAUACAGUUAUUAUCUACAUGAAUUUAACUUUCAAUAAUGACCAACAACAAAAGCAAUUUAUCGAGGCGCACACGCUUUUGUAGUUUGAUGUUAAGCGCUAGGCAGUAUGGGUAAAUUAGUCGAAAGCGCUACUUAUUAAACCAAAAAGGACAAUAAUGGGUCCACAUGGAAUAAACCGUGCAGUGCAGCGCAUCGAGUUUUCAGAUUGUAAGAAAGGGUUAGGUGUUAAAGUCAUCGGAGGAUAUAAGGAGAUAACAGGCGAAGAAUAUGGCAUAUAUAUCAAAAGGAUUCUUCCAGGUGGUGUGGCUGCUCUGGAUGGAAGACUUAAGCCAGGUGACCUUAUUUUGGACGUCAAUAAUAUGAGUUUGGGAGGCGUAACCAAUGAAAGGGCAGUCGACAUCCUGCGCACAGCUUCGGCAUCCAACCACAUGUCCCUCUUGAUCGCAAGGGAUGAUGAAUCUCGGAGAGAAUUCAAACAACUAAUGGAGAAGUAUGGCUCUAGCAAUAGUACAGGCUCUGACCGAAGUUCCCCAACCCCUCUAGCUCCUGGAAAGGUGAUUGAAACUGCAUCAUCAUCAUCAUCAUCUAGAUCCACCAGCCCCCAGCUCUUAAGUCCAAAGGACAUAGUCACAAGCUAUUCUGGCAGCUAUGCUGCCCCUGCAGCACCGCAAGCAAUGACUGACAGUGCAAUUCAGUUGAUAUGUGUUGCCAAGGGAACAGGUCUGGGCCUGAACAUCAAGGGAGGAGCAAACCGAGCUGAAGGGCCUAUGGUUUACAUCCAGGAUAUCGUACCAGGUGGUGAUUGCCACAAGGAUGGAAGACUUAAACCAGGAGACCACCUAGUAUCAAUCAAUAAAGAAUCUUUAAUAGGAGUUACAUAUGAGGAAGCAAAAAGCAUGUUAACCCGGACAAAACUAAGGCCAAACCCCACGGUGGAAAUUGCUUUUAUUCGUAGAAGGUCCUCCUCUGGUUCUGGCAGCGGCCCUCAGAGCCCCAUCACCCUGCAGCCUUCAGUGAAUGGGAACAGCCACUUAUUGAGGCCCACAGGGUUGGGAAUACUCUCUCCCCCAGUGAACCUUAUUCCAAAGAUGUCGUCCACCCCUAACACAGGAAGUGAGACCUUGCCUUCUGUGAAACUAGGCCAAAGCCGAAUUGUUCCUGCAAAGAAAGAUCAGUCUCCUGUUAUCUCGGCAGACUGUAAUCCCUCAGUUGACCCCAGUACAGAGCUGAUGUCUGGCCGUCAGACUGAAAACUUUUCAACUACAGACAACAAGAUUGCCCUCAGCUAUGCAAGUCGGUUAAAGCUUGAGAAGUUGGAACAGGCACUGGGAUAUCUUGGGAUAACGCCUACAGAUGCCCAGCAGCAGGCUGUGAGGGACCGUUUACAAAUUGACUCUGAAGGAACAGUGGCCUACGGAGAUUUUGUGCAAGUUACCAGAGAGCUCUUCAAGUUACAGCUUGACGAUUCUGGGUUAAGUCAUGGCAUAACAAGAUUUGCAUCAAGUAAUCUUACAAACCUUCUAGAACCCGCAGCCCAUCGACAGGUUACAACAUCAGACUCCGAAGAGCUGGAUGAAAUGGAGUCACUGAGAAAGGAUCACAUUGAGGCUCUCAGACAGGUGAAGAAACUGCAGGAUCAACUAAAUGAAUCGGAAAAUCUGCGCCUUCAGAUGCAGGAGGAAUUGAAAAAGAUUAAACAGGAAGCAAAAGCUGCCGUGGAAGAGACCAGAGCCUUGCGCACCCGAAUCCACCUCGCUGAAGCAGCCCAGAGGCAGGCUCGCGGGAUGGAGAUGGACUACGAAGAAGUCAUCCACCUGCUGGAGGCAGAAAUAGCCGAAAUGAAAUUGCAGCUCGCUGAUCAGCCUACCCACGCUAAAGAAGAGACACAGGACCUUAAAAAGAGAAUUGCUGUGCUGGAGUGUCAACUCCGAAAAUCUGAAGGUGCUAAAAAGGGGUUUGAGGUGUCCACACAAAAGCUUCUGCACUUCGUAGAGGUCAUGCAAGAGUUCCUUUCAGACCACCAAGGUUCUUUGACAAAUUUUAGUUCUGCCAAUGACCAAAAGAUUGGCAUGUCUUCCUCUUCCCAAGCGAUAGCUACACGUUUUGGAAGAAAAGGCCCCUGGACAGUAACAGCACUUGCGUUAGAAGCCAGAGAACUUAGCAGAUCUGUUAGAGCCAUUCUUGAAGUAGAUUGCCUGCCAUAUGGAUGGGAAGAGGCUUAUACAGCAGAUGGAAUCAAGUACUUUAUCAACCAUGUGACUCAGACAACGUCAUGGAUUCACCCAGUGACCAGCAGCCUCAGCCUCCCUGAAAAGGAAGGAGACGACAUGACCAGAGAUGCUCCUGAACACAGGAGCUAACCUGUAAACCAGAGUUGUUAUUAGGUAUUUUUUUCCAAGUGCAAUCCAAUUGACCUGCCUAAUGCCACAAAGCUAGAAAAAGAAAUGGUCCCAGCAACCACGGUUGUAUUUUCUCUUAUUUAGGUGCAGUUUAGUAAAUUGUUGUUCCACUUCGUUUCUAGCUUUGCUAUCUUUGCUUUGCUAGCGUUCUAGCUUUGUGGCUUUGUGAUACUUACUGUAGAUCAAGUAUCAGCAUUCAAAAAAGUAACAUGGAAAACCUAUGAUUGGAGAGAUCUCGCAGCAAAACUUGAUGUGAAAGUUUCACAGAUGUGUAUACGGCUACAUUUUUAGAUCACAGAAAAUGCUUUAUACAUUCUCCUUUAUAUCACAGUUUUACAUUAAUCCAAAAUAAUGUUAUACAUCUAUCCAUUUUAAUUAUGUUAAAUCCACAGUCUUUUUUAAAAAAAGGACAUACCCAAGUUGCCUUCCUUUUUCUGUCUUUUCUUGUAGACAUCUUAUUUGUGAAAAAGAGGAAAAUGUUCAGACAUUCAAGCUACCCAAGCAAAGUCAGAAUUCAUAAGCGCUUUGAUGUACAAAACACAAAAGCAAAAAAGCUGUAAGGAAGGAAGAACAAACCCAUCUUUGGAUUCUGCAGUUUAAGAACUUAAUCAAAGCACUACCAAGAGAAACAUACCAGCUUCUUUUUAUGUAAUCAGGUUUACUAAACUACAGCUUUGAACUCCUUUUGACUCUACUCACAUUUUGUACUUUAAUUGUUUUUUGAGUCAUAAUAGGAAACCAUAUAACAGUAACAAAGAACUGCUGCCAAAUGUGACAUUUGUUUGAUUUCCACUUCUAAAAAUAAACACUGGCUUGUUUUUUUUUUAACUCUUUUCAAUUAAAUUUAUGUUGGAGGAAGAUAUGCCUUGUAUCCACAGUCAGAAAAAAUGUAUUAUUGGAUUACAUACUGUACAGCUGUCAUUGUGGUGUUUCAAAUUUAGCACUCGUAAAUAGGAAUUUCAGAUUCAAAUUAAGAGACUCUCUACUAGAUAAAACUGAACCUUACCAAAACUACUCUGACAGUGAAUCACUUCUCAGUGCUGUUUUUGACUGUUGCACUGCAGUGUUUUUUUUAUUGCAGCUUUCUUAGAAUAAUAAAAAAUAAACAAGGCUAAAAAAGUACAGGUGGAAAGGUCGACAAAUGUAGAAGCUAUAGAAAAAGUUACAGUUUUCAGUUAAUAGUUUUCCUUUCUUAACCGUUGUAUGGAGUCUUGAUUUGUUCCUUCAUCCUCUUUCUUUUGAGAAGUCAUUUCUUGAUGUUGCCAUUAUAAUGAUGAUUGUAGAUGGUAGUGGGUUGUAUAGGACUCUUGUGUCCUGUUUUAAUAUACUCUACUACACGUCAUUUAUUUUUGCUUUUUUAGAAGUAUGCUUUUAAAAAUGUGGAGUAAUGCCUACCAAAAUGUACUGAAUAAAUCAAGUACGUUAUGUUUAA